UUCAUGUAUGUCAGCAGGGAGCAGCCACCAGUUUGUAAACAAGUAUUUAAUUUCUGAUUAAUUAUCCCUAAAAUCAAAAUUAGUGACUAACUUAAACAUUGGUGUUUUAUGCAGAGAAUUGAAUCAUGUGACAGGACAAUUUUUUAUACAUUUUGAGUAGUUUGCUUCACUUUUGUUCGGUGUUAACAACUUCGCUUUCUCGCGAUGUCAGUGUGUUCUUAUGUCGAAAGAUGACUUAAAUUUUUAUUUGAAUCAUCCUCUCUAAAUUUUCUUUGGAUGGAAGUUGAUCAUAGUUAAUGCGUGUGCUCUUUCUUUUCUCCAAAGUUUCCCCAUGUAGUACUGUCGCAGCACUUGUUGUGCUGGCAUUCUCUGACAGUCCUGUUCCAUGAAGUUGGGUCAUUUUCUUUUUGCCGGAAAAGUCAUUCCUACCAGAACUAGUAUAGCAAUCCUACAUCUAUUGUCAUAAGCCUGUCCUAAUUAGUUCUGAGUAUCAAAGUCUUAUGGAGCUUAAACAGUUACUAGAAACAACCCAAAAAUCUGGCAGUGCGCUCCACUAACAUCUGGUCCUAAAUCAAAAUGAAGUGAAUUGAUCUUGGCCGGUGAAAAAUGUUCGGGAAAAAAGCACAUGGUGACAUCAAGAAGUCUACAAUCAAAAUACAAGACUUGAAGAAGGACAACGCCACUCGUUUUAAGCAUCUUCGAGCCGUCAUAGAUCAUGGUGAUGUGAAGGAAGUUAAGUCUAUUCUAGAGACAAACUACAGCCAUGCUUAUUCCAUCCUGUAUGAUAGUUUCAUCAUUGCCGAGACUAACUUAAAACAAAGAGAACUUACAUUCCAUCUAGUUCACAAAGCUCAGAAAGAGGAAUUAGAAGGAGUCCUGUAUGUGUUAGAUAGGAUUUUAAUCUUGUGUCCUGAACUACUAUCAAAAAGAUGGCAAGUUCACAGUCUGACUCGAAUGUUGACCAAAUUGCUUCAUCCCAACAAUUCUUGGAAGCUGAGACGAGAAGCUAUCCGGUAUUUUAUCAUCUGGUAUCAAAUUCUGGGAGAAAAUGCACCAGAUUGGGUCCAUGCUAUUUUCGCAACAUUGAUACCCGGCUUUCCGAGUCCAAUCGAAGGUCAACUCGGCUUGACUGCUCUCACUUUAACAUCCACUUCAACUGUUUUCCAUGACUCCCAUGCAGAGCCUGUCACAGAUGUUGAGGUGACACCAAUUUUUCCCCCCCAAAGUGGAGAGAAACAACCAGAUGAUCCGAUGCGAUUUUUCCUAGAGGCUCUACUCGAAUAUAUGGUUACUCAGAUCUGCCGAAUAGAAUGGAAAGACAAAUUCUACCGCCAGUUCAAAUGCUUCACAUUUCUUCUUGAUAAAUUUAAGCAGUAUUAUCAACCUUUAAUUUUUCCAGAAUUCCUUCACACCACCAGUGUUUACAAACCAAUUCUUGAGCUACCCAACUUGCGACCCAUGAGCCGGACAGAUGAAUUUGUCGGAUGUCGAGUAGCAGUCAUAAAGUGGAUUGCCAGCUUUACACAACCGUCGCGACCUUCACCUUUUCCAAAAAAUCCUAGUGAGAGCGAAAAUGAUGCUGCAGAACAGAAAAAGUCCGUAUCCUCAAUUGAUGACGUUCAAGGAUCUUCUACAUCACCAAUGAAUGAUAUCCAACAUUGUGUGGAAAUUGUACGAGAAGUUCUGUUCGGGUCCCGAGAAAACAUCAAUUUUAUGCAUGAAGUACUGAGGCAAGCCUUCCUCCUUCCAUUCACUCAUGCUCCAGCUAUCCGGCGUUCGAUAGCGGUCUACAAAGAAUGGGUGCAGAUGAAACCUAGCGAGAUGCCUGGAUUCAUGUUGGAGCCACCGGCUACAAAAACUGAUCAUUCUGAGGGAGAAGAUUUUUACCGAAGGCUUCGAAAUGACUCCUACAUUGGUGCCAUGCAACAUUCAAACUUACACAUUCGAGCAGGAUAUCAGAAAACCCUACAAGUUAUAAUGACACAUGCUGGUCAUCUUUUUCUACAAACCGUUUCAUCAGAUUACCCAAUCCUGCUUGAAGAACAGACUGACGCCUGCAAAAAAGUCUUAAACAUCUAUCGGUAUAUGGUUAUGCAUGUUCAUAUGGAACAAGCUAGCUGGGAGCAGUUGUUAACAGUUCUGUUAAAAUUGACCUCUCUCAUAUUUUCCAAAACACCACCUCGGAAAAAAAGUGAUACAUUAGCUGGAAAGUUAGCAUCAGUCAUUUUUCAGACUUUAUUAGUGACCUGGAUUAAAGCAAACUUGAAUGUGGUCAUUUCAAGCUCUCUUUGGGACAGAUUACUGGCAGUAUUAUCCUGUCUAACCCAGUGGGAAGAACUCAUCAAAGAGUGGGCUAAAACCUUGGAAACACUCACCAGAGUUCUGGCGAGGCAUGUUUAUCAGUUAGACUUAAGUGACCUUCCUUUAGAUAGACCGUCGGAACAUAGGGCUCGACGACAUCGCAGACCACCUUCUCCCACAAGGAGGAAUGUGAAUAAUACUCUUCAGAACCCUUCUUCAGUCAGUGAUAAUCAUAGCAUAGAUGGAAGUCCCGCCAACACAACCAAAGAAGUAAUCGAAUCCAGGCCAGCCAAUCUAAGUCGCUCUGUUAGUGAUAGUAAUUUACUUUUGUUAUUACAAAAUCAAGACAACAUGCCAAAGAGCACAAAUCAAAAACUAUGGAGAGCUUCAUCUUUAGAUUCAUUUAAAGUUAAGAAAAAUGGAGGAACUAGAACUUCAAGGUCUCCCUCUCCCGCACCUUCGAAUGGUCUAGAAAGUAACUCUCCAGUACAAAUAGAUGUUCUAGCAACUGAUAAUGUGCCGUCAGAUUCUGGUGGUGGUCGCUCUGUCAUGUCCGGUGGUUCGUUGCGAGGUUGGCUUCCGGAUGUCGCAAGUGUACUAUGGCGGCGUAUGUUAGGCGUCCUGGGUGAUAUCAAUCAGCUGAAGGAUCCAGCUCUCCACAGCCUUGUGUUUCAGCAAUUAGUCAAUUUAUGCAACACUCUUGAGAAGAUAAGAAAAAAUCAAGGUCUUGCAGCUGACACUCCAGCCAAUGCAGCCUCAACUCCCCCACCAGAUCUCACUAUUAUAGCUCCUUGGUGCUUCCAGGCUUUGAACCUUCCUGAAACGUAUCGGCAAGGCCAAGUGAAAGCAUAUAAAUUGUUAUGUUUAAUGACUUUUUCCAUUCCGUCCUCAUCAUUGCCACCUCUCCAUUUGGCUAGUUUUUACAAAGUUCUUCAUCAAGCCCUCACUGCUUCGGAUAGGAGUAUCGUAAAUACUGUUAUAAGUGAGAUGGGUCCACGAAUUCUGUCGCGGCAACCUCCUGGUUUCACCCUCCUCCUCUUGGAUUUAAUUUUUGCAGCAGAUCGAGUUCUAUCUAGUGCGGAUAUCAGGACUGCACCAAGAACGGAAGCUAUGUCAAUUUUAGGCUCUCUCUUGAGCCUCCCUGACUCCCUUUUCAAGUUACGAGCAUUCCAACCUGUUCCCAAUCAGUUUUGCACCGUUGUUUUUCCUGAUGCUAAGGACCAAAUUGUUAAUUUACUGCUGCAGUACGGUAGAAGUGAACCAACAACGGAAGCAAGAUGUGUUGCUUUAUCCAGUCUUGGAGUUUUUCUGUAUCAAAAACUCUCGGAAGGCAACAACCAUCCUGAAAUCAGAAAUGCCUUAGAUGUAUUACUGCAUUCCUUAAAUUCUAAAGAAGAUACCGUAGCCCAUAUUGCCUGUGAUGUCAUAUUACUUCUCUGUGAUCAUGCCUCAACAUUCCAUCCAGCCAUCCCUCCUGUGAUUGUUCAGGCUGUGGCAAGCACCCUGGCCAGUCUAGGAGGAGGCCGAACAAAAUUAGCCGCAGCAUUGGUAUUUUGUCUAGGAGAAUGGACCAUGCAUUUAUCCGGGCUUGCUCCUCCUUUACUUGAAGCCAUUUUCAAAGUCCUCACCAACAUUGUUCUGGAAUCGCCAAAUCAUCUGAACAAUUCUGCACAUAUUGCUGCUAAAAUGGUCAUCGGACAUUUAGUAAAUCAGUUGGGUCACUUUCCAAUGGCAGGCGACCGGCUAUGCUCACAGGUGAGCGAGCAAGAUGAUGUUCCUGGUCUCACAGGAGUUAAUCAAAUCCUUGAUGCUUUAAACAUUCAACUGUUUGUCACCAAUUCAGCUCACACUGUUUCCUUCAUAGAAUUACCCCCACUGGAAGUCCCCGGCGGUGGUCCCACUGCAGAUCUGAUCACUGCACCAGCACAAGUUCGCGUUAUUCUUCGUGACCUUAACGGCAAGUCAUCUUGGGAUGCAUCAGUCCUCUACGCGGUUCCGGAUUCGAUCCAAAGAGUGGUAAUCCAACCAAAGUGGCCAACGGAAGAGAAUACUUUCAGCCUGUGCGCAGUCAACAAUGCACCUCAGCACACUUUGCGCAGCCGACUUCACAAUAUUCUGCCGACUGUUUGUAAUUCCGCUCCCGAUUUGGACAAUCUGAACGAUCUGCUUCAAUACGUUGAGUAUACGAGUCCUGAGUGCGCCAACGCAACCGAGCCGUUGAACUCGUCGGUUGAGUUGGAGCAAGAAACGAUGAGUGCCAUCCUGGGCCAGCGGUUCAGUAACCAAGAUAAGCUUCACCUCAGUCAGACUGUUCCGGGGGAUCUAAGACUGCCCAAGAACGAGACCAAUGUCUUUCAGUAUUGCCGGCUUUUCGGCUCCCAGCUUGGUUUUGCUUCAUCACCUCAGAGGGCGAAUUUAUUCCUUCUGAGUAGAACUGAGAAGUUGAUCCGUGAGCUGCGAAAUUUAGAUAAUCAAAUGUGCAGGGAAACUCAUAAAAUUGCUGUGAUUUACGUUGGUGAUGGGCAGGAGAAUAAAGAUGUCAUUCUGUCGAAUUGUGGUGGGAGUGCUGCGUACGAGCAAUUUAUAUCACAACUUGCUUGGGAAGUGCAACUAGACUCACACACAGGAUUUAUGGGCGGUUUGCAGCCGAGUCCAAGUACUGCGCCUUACUUUGCGACCUCUUUGACAGAAGCUAUUUUUCAUGUCGCUACGAGGAUGCCAAACGACACAAUUCAUAAUAAGACGAGGCAUCUAGGAAACGAUGAAGUUCACAUUGUUUGGUGCGAACAUAGUCGAGAUUACAGGCGUUCAGUCAUUCCUACGGAGUUUUGUGAUGUUCUGAUAGUAAUCUACCCUCUUCCUUACCAUCUGUUUCGUGUAACCAUCUCCCGUAAACCUGAGAUUCCACUGUGUGGGCCCCUAUGGGACGAAGCUGUUGUCAGUAUGACUGUUUUAGCUGGCCUUAUUCGGGCAACUGCUUUCAGUGCUUCACGUGCUAAACGAUCCACGCUGUCAUUCUAUCAGCAUCAUUAUGAAGAACGUUGGAGGUCUUUAGAGACAGUACUAAGAAAUCACAAAAAUCUCACAACAUUCGAAGAAUUCUCAUCUCAGUUAUUUGCACCAAAAACUCCAGCUCAAAAUCCUGAGUCUUUCUCCAUUCCUUCAUCUGAGCAUAUUGGGAGAUUAAGCAAAGGUCCUGCUCCAGAUUUUGUAGACGAGAAUCAUACGGUCGGUAUCUCUCCCCGCCCGAUGAAAAAGCUUUCUGUCAGGGUGUCUCUCGAUGGCUCUAAGCUGAAAUGACUUUAGAAAAUGAAUUCUCAAGGCUGAGCUUCCAGUGAUAAUUAGACUUUUAAGUUUGCUGUGUUUUCUGAAUUAUUGCCUACGAAUGAAAUCAUACUUAUUUUUCUAAUUGAUUUUAGUCGCAGUAUGUAAAGUGGGAUAUUUUAUUUAAAAUUCCAUUCCAAUUAUAUUGUUAUUGUUAAUUGUGUAACUUGAACAUUGUGUAGAUAUAGCCCAAUUUUAAAAACCUCAGUUCUCUCAUUGCCCUCUGUUCGAUUAGCUUUUUUACUUGUUUUGCGUACAUUUUUUCAUCGAAGAGGCGUUAAUUUAAGGGAACUUAGGGUUCUCAUAAAUAACAUUUGUAGGAACGAAUUCGAUCGAUUAUUUAAAAAAAAAAGAUUUUAUUGUGUAAGGUUUUUUAUUAUUUAUUUAUUUAAUUAUUUUUAAUACUGUCAGUUGCCUAUAUUAUUGUUAACAGACAGAUGCAUUCACAUGACAAAGAAUUGUUACCACUCUAUGAACUUUAAAAGAAACUUUUGUAAAAGCCAGGAGCCAAAAACUUAUACUUGUUUUUCACUUCAAAUUUUCAUUUUACUACCUCUUCUUUGAGUAUGUUUUGCUGUAAAACAAUAGCCUUACACUAGAGGUUAUUCUUCUGGGUUUUCGACGAGACAGAAAUAGUCCAAGCUUUAAUUGUAUAAAUUAACUACAUGUACUUCACCAAAUGUUUCUUCUUUAGCAUCCAGCAAUAGAACCGUAACUAACGUCCUUAGAAAAACAGAAUUUUAGCAUUCUGUAUAUUCUUGAGGAAGGUUCUACGUUCAAGUAUUGUAUUUUUUUCAAAAGAUUAACUUAAACCAGUAGGCAUGUUUCAUAGUGAAAAGACUUCUAGAGUUAUUCUGAUGACCCUAAAUUAAAUUUCGGGCUACAAGUUUGCCUUACAUUGCCCCCCCCCCCAUUUUUCAAAUCAGUGAUGUUAACCUAAAAUCCCUUGGCUCCAAGCAUCAGAUUUAGAAGAUGAUUAUUUCCUGUUUCUAAAUCAUCGUUGAUCAAGAAAAAAAAAAUUAGUGUUUUGCUCGUUUUUUGUCCUAAAAUUUUGAAAAUUCUGUUUUAGAACUUUAUUUGCAUCUCUGAUCCAAUCAUCACUUUUUGGUAGAAUAUAAUCAGUUUUUGGAUACAUGGGUGCAGUAGGCAGGUUCUGUUUUUCUUGAUUAAAAUAAUUUACCGACCCAUACUCUCCUGAUUGCCGAUCAAAAAUCCUGUUCUGACCUGGUAUCAGAAGAAACCAGGUAUGUUAUCAUGACCAAGUGACAUCAGUGGAGAAGAAAGAAUUAAUGACUUUUGAUAUUGUUCCUCUUGAAACUGUAGUAAAGAGUUUGUUAAGGUGUUUGUUGGAAUAUCCUGAUAAUUGAUCCUUUUCCAUCGGUUUAGAUGGGAUCAAUCGAUUUACUACCAAGCACGGCAUGCCGCUGCGUCACAUGGGGCAAUUUUCAUUUCUUUCUACCCAUUGUUGGGUCUACUUUCAUUCUUGGCUUUUAUUUUUUCCUCAUUUUUUGUAAGUGAUCCUAAAUUCAUUGGAAAGAAUUUUUAGAAUAGCUCAAGGAGCGGUAUAUUAUCAUGAAUGGAAAGAGUCUAAAGUCAAUCGUUGACUAGAGGGUGACAUUCUUUGUCUUUGAAUGCAUCUUUAUUGUAAGUUCAUUUGUAUGCAGAAUUAUUUAUUUUGCUGUGUUAUGGUUGACUCUUCAAUCAAAUUUUAUUUAUUUUUCUGUGAAGUUUUAUCCAAUGUGCAAUAUUGAAUUCUGUAAAUAGAAUUCUAAUAAUCAUUGAUUCAAUUUUUAUAUUCAA